CAUGGUUUACUUUAUUUGUUAUUGUACAUAAAUAUUAUCUAGCAGCAAAUGGUCUCCACACCCCGCCAAUAGACUGAACAAGAAACUGAACAAUUCGUUGUGUUCAUGAAGGAAUUGGUUGUUGAAGGCAAGAGGGCAGAUGCCGAUCAAUUUAAGCCAGGGGCAUUUCAAAAACUGGCGGACAAGAUGAAUGAGAAGUUUCCUAGAUGUGGUCUCACUGUGAAGCACAUCAGAAACAAACACAAGCGCCUGAAAGAAAAAUAUAUGUUUGUGGCUGAGAUGUUAGGUUGUAGUGGUUUUGGGUGGAAUUUUGAAAAGAUGUGUGUUGAAGUGGAUAGUAAACAAGUAUUGGAAGCGUGGGGAAAGGGUCGCAAUGUUACACUCUACACUCCAGGCAAGCCAUUUUCUUUGUUUGAACAUCUUGAGAGCAUUUUUUGCAAGGAUAGAGCUACUGGUCUUGAUGCAUGUAGUGGAAAAGAUGCUGAAGAAGAUGUCACACCGGGCUCUAGAUUUGCUGCGGCCACAGCUGGUGGGUUGGGUUUAGGCGGAGACGAUGUUGACAUGGAGGACUUAGCAACUGGCGAGAGCGAACUACCCAAUACUUUUUCAACCUCAUUUGCUUCGUCAAGUGAGAAAAAUCAAUGACGUCACACUGCAACUAGAAAAAGCAAUGAUGCUACAGUCCUAUCAAACUUAGCUGAAACUUUUAAAGCUGCGGUUGAGGAUCAAGGAAAGCAUGUGCAGGUACUAGCCAAUGCAAUGUCUGGUGUUAAUGAGCAAGUGAAUCUUGGCCGAACGCUGAAGAGUCUUGGUUUUAACACAAUGGAGAUCGUGCAAAUUGCAAAGAAAUUUGUGCAGAAUCCAAAAUUGAAGGCAACCUUUUGGAGUUUGGACGAAGAAAAGGCGACAUUCGCAUGAGAUAUAAUGGAAAACUUUUAGUUAUUGUUGGGUGUAAAUGGUGGUCUUAGUAGUUAACUUAUUAUGGUCUCUUUUGCUAAAACUUAUUAGACUUUUCUGCAUUA